UCCGUGUAUAUUGUGUGUGGAAAUAUAUUUAAAUAGCUUAAUGAAUUAUUAACGAAGUAUUAAAAAAGGAAAUAAACGGUAAUAGCUUAGCUGGAGGAGAAAGUGACAGGCAAGGGGUGAGUGAGUUGGCUGUUCAAAUCUUUUUUACUUCUCUCUUCCGCAAAAAUAAUAUUCUCUCCGCUCCCUUCCCUUCCGCCGCCGACAAUGCAGCAGCAGACGAGAAGUGUUCGAGUGGAGAAUGUGUCAGAUCUGGCAACGGAGAGAGAGAUUCACGAGUUUUUCUCCUUCUCCGGCGACAUUGACCACAUCGAGAUCCUAAAAGAUGCUUCCGAGCAAUCAAGAGUCGCGUUUGUCACCUUCACUGAACCUAAAGCCCUUGAAAUCGCUCUCUUAUUAUCGGGUGCCACAAUUGUAGACAAGAUCGUUACAAUAACUCCAGCUGAAAACUAUGUUCCUAGGCGUGAGAUCAUGCAGCAAGUGGGAGAGAACACAAUCCCCCCAACACCAACACGCCAGACCGCGGAUGGCAAUGGUGGUAGAGCUUACGUUAGCAAAGCGCAAGAUGUGAUGGCUACUGUUUUGGCCAAAGGUUCUGCUCUUGGACAAGAUGCUGUGAACAAAGCCAAGGCUUUUGAUGAGUUGCACCAGCUAAGAGCCAAUGCUUCCGCCAAAGUUUCUUCUUUUGACAAGAGAGUCCGGCUUAGCGAGAAGUUCAACGUGGGUAUCUCUGUGGUCAACGAGAAAGUAAAAUCUGUUGACCAGAGGCUUCAGGUUUCAGAUAAAACCAUGGCGGCUAUAUUUGCAGCUGAGAAGAAGUUAAACGACACUGGCUCAGCUGUCAAAUCAAGCAGGUAUGUGACUGCUGGAGCUGCUUGGUUUAGUGGCGCUUUCAGCAAAGUUGCGAGAGCUGGUCAGCUUGCUGGCUCGAAAACCAAAGAGAAGUUCAAUCUAGCCGUCUCCAAUAUAGCUUCCAAGGAUACACCGAUUGCUGUAUAAUAAAAGUUGGAAUGGAGUGAAAGCGUUGAAGUGAGGAUCAAUGAGUUAGCUGCUAAGAGCUAUUAUAUGAUUGGCCUUGUGUGAACAAAUUUUGUGUGAUAAAUAGCAUAUUCCUAUUCUUUUUAGUGUUCAUUAUAUUCUGCAUUGUUCCCUUAAUUCACUUCAUGUUUUUGCAUCAGUGUAAGUGUGUUCGAAUUGACUUUGGGUGUGUGUGUUUGUAUUGUGUUUCCAUUGAAGGACGCUAGAAUUGCUUUAAAAGGUAAACUGCUUAACGUUUGGUUCUCCA